CUUCGACAAGACCGAGUCACCCGAGACCAGUAUUCGUUGUGUCUCUCGUUGAAAAUUUCAUUUUUCACCCUGCACUCCGUGUUUUUUUUUUUCAAAUUUAAUUGUAGUCCAUGACAUACUGAAACAAAAGAUAUCAAUUGUAUCAAGACAAAAUAAAAUCGUGUGAUAUAUCACUGACUCAAUCCGUCAAAUAUCGAAAUAAUAAUCGGUGAAAGGGAAUUUAAUAAAACGCACCUGGUGUUAGUCAUCUGAGGAACAUAAAAUUUUUAAGCUGCAACUGUUCUUCGGCCCUGCGGGUCCUCGACGAUCCAGCAAUAGUUUUCCAUCCGCUAAAUUUACCAAAUCGACCAGUGUGCGCACACAGCAUCAAAACCAAUAUCUUCGCACUCAGUUUGCGUCAACGUAGGGAGAAAAGAGAGCGAGAGAGAGAGGGAGAGGUUUUCACAACUGAGACAUCCACCUCCACCAUCAGCGACAAACGUCCGGCCUCGGCACUCUAUCACAAGUCGCAACACAAGCAGCAACAUUUGUACAUAGUUAACUGAAUCAUCUCCAUCAGCACCAUAAACAUUUGAUAAAGCAAGAGGGUGCCGCAAUGCCGGCAGGUAUCGGCGCUUCGUACAGGUCAUUGGGUGACCUUGGUGAGGAUGUUUACAAAAGUACAACAAUCGUUGAACAAACGCAGACGACAUCCCAGAGUGUUCUGGAGACUGUCAAAAAAGCAUUUAGCUUUGCAUCGCCAAAGGUAGAGCUCAGGAAGAAGGAUCCACUCAUUAGCGACAGAAGGGAGAGUAUCUCCAUCGUAACGAGGGAAAGAACCAAGAUGCCGACUGCAGCGACUACUGCUGAGGAAUCAGCACUCCUCGGCACGAUGCCAUCUGACAGCAUGGACGACAUUGAGCUGAAGAACAUUCAGCUACAAUUUCCAGCACUGAGAUAUUUGACGAGGGACGACGGCUCUGUCAGGGAGGAGAGAAUUGAGACAGAUAAGGGUACAAUACUGGUUGCUGUACAGGGAAACCGUGCAAAACCUGCCAUCCUCACUUAUCACGAUCUAGGCCUUAACUACAUCUCGAGCUUCCAGGCAUUCUUCAACUACAUCGACAUGCGAGUACUCCUCGAAAAUUUCUGCGUCUAUCACGUUAAUGCACCAGGUCAAGAGGAGGGAGCACCAAUGCUACCAGAAGAUUACGUGUAUCCAACGAUGGACGAGCUUGCUGAGCAACUGCUGUUUGUGCUUGGACAUUAUGGAUUGAAAACGGUGAUUGGUUUUGGCGUAGGCGCCGGUGCUAAUAUCCUGGCGAGAUUUGCACUGGCCCAUCCAGAGAAGAUUAAUGCACUGUGUUUAAUAAAUUGCGUGUCCACGGUGGCUGGUUGGAUCGAGUGGGGUUAUCAGAAGCUCAAUGUACGUCAUCUCCGGUCCCAGGGGAUGACACAGGGUGUCCUGGACUAUCUCAUGUGGCACCACUUUGGCAGAGGAACCGAGGAGAGAAAUCAUGAUCUCGUUCAAGUUUACACUAAUUACUUCGAGCGCCGAGUAAAUCCAUCGAAUCUAGCUCUAUUCAUCGACAGUUACGUACGACGCACUGAUUUGAAUAUCACACGUGAAUUGGAUCCAACACGCAAAAAGGAUGGCAGCACACUUGGCGUACCUGUGAUAAAUAUAACUGGAUCCUUGAGCCCUCACGUUGACGAUACUGUUACGUUAAAUGGACGACUUGAUCCCACCAACAGUUCGUGGAUGAAGAUAUCAGACUGUGGAAUGGUACUCGAGGAGCAGCCGGGAAAAGUAAGCGAGGCCUUCCGACUCUUUCUUCAGGGUGAAGGAUAUGUGGCUCCACUUUCACCCCUGAAAAUGGCAGAUUACAGGCUGGCAUCCCUCGAGGGCCUCAACCACAUCUGCAGCAAGAAGAUCGACUGGCCAACAGCCACAAUCCACAUAACUGAGAAUCCCAUAUCAGAAGCGGUCGUAUGUUAAACAAUUCCGCAACAUUUGUAUCACCGAAACUACCAACCGAUAGCAAACAAAUCCCGACCACAAAUUCAAGUUCAUUACGUAUGAGAGGACCUAUCGCUCCAAAACUAUCAUUUAUUCGUGCUGAAUUCGAUGGAAAUUGCGAGAGGGGUGGAAUAUCGCGUGACUUUUUACAAAAAAAAAAAACGAAAAAUACCAAGUUUUAUCGGUCGACAUUUCCUCGGCGAAGUUUAUCGCCCAAAAAAAUUUGUUAUGUAGUUGACUAAAUUGAGAAUAUAUCAGACAUCAGAACUGAAGAGCAACGCGAAUCAUCGAGAUGAGAAUAAAUAUCAUACCACAAACUGCCGUCGCGAACAAAACUAAAAACAUUCACGAGUUCUAUGCAGUUUUUUAAGCACAUCCUGAUCAUUGAGUUCUGGUCUCCAAUUAAUUUAAAAAAAAUUAGUGAAUAAUUGUGCUCGGGACGAGGAGUGCUUCACAUCUGCCCGGUCAAUAAAUUAUUGACCAGGUAAUAAUUAUCAUUAGUUACAUUGAUUAAAAAUUGAAAAAAAAAGAAGCAAGGGGAAACUGCUCUUGAUUUGUAUUGUCAUCAGAGAAACUGUCGCGCGAAAAAUAUCAUUUAUCCACGUUGAAUUCGAUGGAAAUUGUGAGAGUGUGGGAUAUCGCGUGACUUUUUCCAAAGAAAAACAAAAAAUACCAUGUUUUAUCGGUCGACAUUUUCUCGACGAAGUUUAUCACCCAAAAAAAUUUGUUAUGUAUUUGACUAAAUUGAGAAUAUAUCAGACAUCAGAACUGAAGAGCAACGCGAAUCAUCGAGAUGAGAAUAAAUAUCAUACCACAAACUGCCGUCGCGAACAAAACUAAAAACAUUCACGAGUUCUAUGCAGUUUUUUAAGCACAUCCUGAUCAUUGAGUUCUGGUCUCCAAUUAAUUUAAAAAAAAUUAGUGAAUAAUUCUGCUCGGGACGAGGAGUGCUUCACAUCUGCCCGGUCAAUAAAUUAUUGACCAGGUAAUAAUUAUCAUUAGUUACAUUGAUUAAAAAUUGAAAAAAAAAGAAGCAAGGGGAAACUGCUCUUGAUUUGUAUUGUCAUCAGAGAAACUGUCGCGCGAAAAAUAUCAUUUAUCCACGUUGAAUUCGAUGGAAAUUGUGAGAGUGUGGGAUAUCGCGUGACUUUUUCCAAAGAAAAACAAAAAAUACCAUGUUUUAUCGGUCGACAUUUUCUCGACGAAGUUUAUCACCCAAAAAAAUUUGUUAUGUAUUUGACUAAAUUGAGAAUAUAUCAGACAUCAGAACUGAAGAGCAACGCGAAUCAUCGAGAUGAGAAUAAAUAUCAUACCACAAACUGCCGUCGCGAACAAAACUAAAAACAUUCACGAGUUCUAUGCAGUUUUUUAAGCACAUCCUGAUCAUUGAGUUCUGGUCGCCAAUUAAUUUUAAAAAAAUUAGUGAAUAAUUCUGCUCGGGACGAGGAGUGCUUCACAUCUGCCCGGUCAAUAAAUUAUUGACCAGGUAAUAAUUAUCAUUAGUUACAUUGAUUAAAAAUUGAAAAAAAAAGCAAGGGGAAACUGCUCUUGAUUUGUAUUGUCAUCAGAGAAACUGUCGCGCGAAAAAUAUCAUUUAUCCACGUUGAAUUCGAUGGAAAUUGUGAGAGUGUGGGAUAUCGCGUGACUUUUUCCAAAGAAAAACAAAAAAUACCAUGUUUUAUCGGUCGACAUUUUCUCGACGAAGUUUAUCACCCAAAAAAAUUUGUUAUGUAUUUGACUAAAUUGAGAAUAUAUCAGACAUCAGAACUGAAGAGCAACGCGAAUCAUCGAGAUGAGAAUAAAUAUCAUACCACAAACUGCCGUCGCGAACAAAACUAAAAACAUUCACGAGUUCUAUGCAGUUUUUUAAGCACAUCCUGAUGAUUGAGUUCUGGUCUCCAAUUAAAUUAAAAAAAAUUAGUGAAUAAUUCUGCUCGGGAUGAGGAGUGCUUCAUAUCUGCCCGGUCAAUAAAUUAUUGACCAGGUAAUAAUUAUCAUUAGUUAAAUUGAUUAAAAAUUAAAAAAAAAGAAACAAAGGAAAACUGCUCGUGAUUUGUGCUUGUGCACUCCGCACUAUUUGAUACUCCGGGCAGUUUUCACCAGAUGAAUUAUCGUUCGAAAAUGUGAUUUAUCCGCGUUGAAUUCGAUGGAAAUUGCGAGAGGGAUGGAAUAUCGCGUGUCUUUUUACAAAGAAAAACAAAAAAUAUCACGUUUUAUCGGUCGACAUUUUCUCUAUGAACUUUAUCACCCAAAAAAUUUGUUAUGUAGUUGACUAAAUGGAGAAUAUAUCAGACAUCAGGACUGAAGAGCCACGCGAAUCAUCGAGAUGAGAAUAAAUAUCAUACCACAAACUGCCGUCGCGAACAAAAAUAAAAAAUUUCACGAGUCCUAUACAGUUUUUUUAAGCACAACCUGAUCAUUGAGUUCUGGCCUACGGUUGUUUAAACAAAAUAGUGAAUAAUUCUGCUCGGGAUGAGGCGUGCUUCAUAUCUACUCGGUCAAUAAAUUAUUGACCAGGUAAUAAUUAUCAUUAGUUACAUUGAUUAACACUUUUAAAAAAGAAACAAAGGAAAACUGCUCUUGAUUUGUGCUUGUGCACUCUGCACUAUUCGAGACCCCGGGCAGUUUUCACGAGACUAGUAAGAAUGCCGAUAAUUAGAUAGGGAUACGUAAAAUAAAGUGGAUGGACAACCUAUGAAUAAACAAAAUGGUUUGGUAAGUUCCCAUAUGGUUUUGCCAUUCCCCCAAGCCUUUAGCGUGAUAUUAUAAGACGUGCCUGCAUCGAAUUGUGAAGAAAACAAAAUAUGUAGCUUAAAAAAAAAGAAAGAACUUAACGGCCUUUUAGUUUUCUAUUAAAUAUUAUCCCCGGGGCGUUCCACGAAUUAUAUUGUUUCUCGUUCGUCCUUCUAAUUCUGCUGGCACGAGGUGCCUAAUGAAGAAUCACUAUCCGAUAUGUUUCAUCCAAAUAAAAAGAAAGAACAAAAGAAAUGUAAAAACGGUGUAAGACGAUAUUUUAAAGGAAAAAAUUUGUUGACGAGGCAGAAGGAAAGACUACGAACACGACUACGAACGAAAGAAAAAUAAUGAGGAGUGUUACUAAGGGACAGCUGAUAGAUUAUAGCUGAAAUACUCGCUGCUAAAAAAAAACAAUUAAACAUGAGAAAAAAAAUAUGCAAAAAGCUUUCCGGCGCAGUUGCGUAAUUAUUUAAAUGAGGUGCGCCAUUGGGCGUUGAGUGCCGGUUCUUAGCUGCCACAUGAGCGGAAAAAAACGUUUAACGUGAAACGAGAAAAAGAGGCUAACAAAUGACAAAAAUUUCAUAGUCAGUAGCGAUGUAUCUUUGACUAUAAUUAAGAACAAAUGAUGGGUCAACAAGUUAAUUGACGAUUAUAGAUGGAGCUUUAGUAUUUAAAUGAAGAAGUAAGUUAACGACACGCGUACGCACCGAUAUACAUCUUGUUAUUUAUAAUAAACGUAUAUAAAAAGAA